GAGAGAGAGAGAGAGAGCUGUUUACAUCGUGAGCCAGACCUCAGAUAAUAGUCAUCAAGCUGCAUCACCGAGAAAACAGCUGUAUGAAUUCAGAGACAGCUCGUAUCAGUUUGAGCUUUUACGCACAGAAUUAAUUUGACGCACAGGUGAACUUCAUUUGCAUCGAGCACAACCCCAAAAGUCAACUAAAAGACUCUUUAUUUCCUACCACUCCUCGUUUCUUUAACAUUAUUGCCCGAGCUGAACAGGUUGUAAGAACCAUGUCCAGGAAGAAGACAGGGAAAAGCAAAGGGAGUUCCAAGAGCCCAAAGGCGUCGCCGAGCAGCAGCAGCAGCAGCAGAGACAGCGGGAGGAUGGCGAAGGGGUUGGCCGCCGCUGCAGCCCCGACCUCCGGACUGGUCUAUCCCUGCAGACCGUCCCUCGGCACCAGCGGAGAGUUUUAUGACAUCGCGUUCAAGGUGAUGCUGGUGGGGGAUUCAGGCGUUGGGAAGACCUGUCUGCUGGUUCGCUUCAAAGAUGGAGCCUUUCUAGCAGGGAGCUUUAUCUCCACGGUCGGCAUCGACUUCAGGAAUAAAGUGAUGGGCAUUGAUGCGGUGAAGGUCAAACUGCAGAUUUGGGACACUGCUGGACAGGAACGUUUCCGGAGCGUCACACACGCUUACUAUCGUGAUGCUAACGCUCUCCUUCUUCUCUAUGAUGUCACUAACAAAGCAUCCUUCGACAACAUCCGGGCAUGGCUGACAGAGAUCCACGAGUUUACUCAGCAGGAUGUUGUCGUCAUGCUGCUGGGCAACAAGGCUGACUCAACACAUGAUAGGGUGGUGAAGCGAGAGGAGGGAGAGAAACUGGCAAAAGAGUUUGGCGUGCCAUUCAUGGAGACUAGUGCUCGGUCUGGACUGAAUGUGGAGCUGGCCUUCACUGCAGUGGCCAAAGAACUGAAGCACAGAACCAUGAAGGAACCUGAUGAGCCAAAUUUCCAACUGCAAGAGUAUGUUGACAAAGAAAUGAGAACUGCUGGCUGCUGCCACUCGUAGACUUGUGCGUGUGUGUGUACGUGUGUGUGUGCGCUGGGGAGAGGGGGUAUAAUUAUGCAUGUGUACCAUAGACUGUAAAUAUAAAUGGACGAAGACUGAGUGACGUCAUCCGUCUGCUGCAGCAGGGGGCUCUGAAGGCUCAUUGGCAGCAGCCGCCAAGCUGGAAAUCCUGUCUCAGCCUAACUUUCAGUCAACCUAACGACAGGCUGAGAGCUGGAGCUGAGGCGGGUUUUAAGCCUCUUGACGAACCGUUACAUUGCACCCACCUGUCAAUCAUGUCAG